GAAACAACUUUUCCUUUAGUUUCUUGGUGGAGCUGCUGCAAUUGUUGCUGGAAAAAAUGGACCGUACUAGUGAUGAAACAGAAAAUCUAGAAGAAAACUACUUUAACAAAAAAGACGUGAUUUCCAUGGAGGACAUCUUAGUGAGUUUUGGAGGUGAAAACUCUGGUGAGGAACUAGCCAAAAUUGCCACAGAAGGUGAAGAUGAAACAGGCAGAAGAGAGACUAAAAACGGCUGCUUGAAGAGACUGCGAUCCGGAUGGCAAGCUGUUUUGAUUGGGAUUUUGAUGUUGCUUUUUUGUGUAGUGACCAGCGUCCUCUUUGCUCAGAUAAAUAACCAGCAAAGUCUGAUAGCAGAUUUACAGCAUAUGGCAAAGAACACCAAGUUGCAAAUGGAAAACAAUCAGCUGAAGCUACUUCUGAACUCCACUCAACUCCAGUAUGACCAACUGAAGCUGCUCAUAAAUGCAACACGGUACAACUUCACCUUGUCCGUUGAAAAUAAACAGCUGAGCCUGCUGUUGAAGAACACUUUGCAAGAAAAAACUCAGUUGCAAAUGGAGAACCAAGUGUUAAAGCGACUUCUUAACUCCAUCUAUCGAAACUCAACACUUCUGGGAAAUGAGUAUGACAACAACUUCACCUUGUUGUCUGCUGAAAAUACACAGCUGAGCGUGCUGUUGAAGAACACGUUACAAGAAAAUACACAGUUGAGCCUGCUGUUGACGAACACAUUGCAAGAAAAAACUCAGUUGCAAGUGGAGAACCAAGUGUUAAUUCUUAACUCCACCUGUCAAAACUCAACACUUCUGGGAAGUGAGUAUGACCAGCUGAAGCUGAUCAUAAAUGCAACACCGUACAACUUCACCUUGUUGUCUGCAGAAAAUACACAGCUGAGCCUGCUGUUGAAGGACACGUUACAAGGAAAUACACAGUUGAGCCUGCUGUUGAAGAACAUGUUGCAAGAAAAAACUCAGUUGCAAGUUGAGAACAAAGAGCUGAACCUGGUUCUAAAGUCAACCCUGGAGGAGAACGGACAACUGAGUCUGCUCUUGAACAAAAUAUCACAAGAAAGAACUCAGUUGCAAGUGGAGAACGAAGAACUAAAGCAACUUCUGAACUCCACCUAUCAAAACUUCACACUUUUGGGAAGUGAGUAUGACCAACUGAAGCUGAUCAUAAAUACAACACGGUACAACUUCACCUUGUUGUCUGCAGAAAAAACACAGCUGAGCCUGCUGUUGAAGAACAUAUUGCAAGAAAAAACCCAGUUGCAAGUUGAGAACAAAGAGCUGAACCUGGUUCUAAAGUCAACCCUGGAGGAGAACGGACAACUGAAGCUGAGACUGAGUGAAUCAUUGCACAUCAUCACCCUGGCAUAUGCAGAAAGCAAUCAGUUGCGCCUGCUGUUAAACAAUGAACAAAAAACCUCUUUGCAGCUGCAGGAAAAAAAUAAACUCCAGCAUUCAAUCCUUUAUUCCAACAAACUGUCCAACAUCUGGAGAUUCUGCAAGAACGACACACUGCAGUGUUCACGCUGCAUGUCUGGCUGGACUGAACACGCUUCACGUUGCUUCUUGCUAUCGAAAGAAAUUAAGAAGUGGGAAUUUGGUCGCAGGGAUUGUCUUGACAUGGGGGGUGACCUGGCUGUUGUUUUGAAUGCCGAAGACCAGGCAUUCUUGACCAACAUGACUUUUCAAUAUGUACGGCAGAACCCUACAGUAGAUUUCCAUUCAGCGUGGAUUGGGUUGCAGGACCUGGUGAAAGAGGGCGACCACAUCUGGAUCAAUGGCGAGAGAAUUCAGAAAAAUGUAAAUUACUGGAUUCCCGGGGAGCCAAACAACGCCAUAGCAUCCUGGGACAAAGAACAGUCAGGACAGGACUGUGUUGCCAUUAUCCCGCCGAAAGCCAUUGGAAAGGAUUGGUUAAAAUCCUGGGAUGACAUUGUUUGUGGUGGCGAACGAAACUACAUAUGUGAGAACAUGGCUCUAAUUUUGUCCUGACAGAUGAUGAAGCUGCAUGUUGUAGAUGUAUGGUGGUUAAGACGUGGAGGAAAAGCCACAUUUACUUGGCGCCCAAAGAUGUUUUCUUUGUUUGUAUAUUAAUAAUUUGUGUACAUAAUAAUAGGGAUUAUAUUAAAAAUCUUUUUACAUUUUUACAAAGUGCUUUGCCUAGUUGGACCAGGAACAAAAACAUUACAGGACUGCAAUGAAAUAAAAUCACAACAAUACUAUAGAAAGUAUAACAUUAAUAAAAAACAUUUUUUAAAGAUAUGUUUUGAGAAGGAAUGUAGAAGAUGUCACUAAUUCUGCAGCCUCACAUCCAGGGCUUAUAGGAACAGCCAGCAGAGCCCUGUUUGAGGGUCCAGCAAUCCAGCAAUGUAACUUAACUGAUAGCUGAACCACAAAGUGCUUUAAAGGUGAUCAGUCAAAUCUUCAAAUCAAUUCUAAAACUUACUAGUAACCAGUGAAGAGAGGCUAAACCAGGGCUGAUCUUGUCUUGUUAAAAGCCGAGCAGCUGCGUUUUGUACCAGAUGCUCCUCAAUUGAUAACAAACCUAAUUGAAUGACUUUUUAAAUUUGCUUUUUCAAAAUAAAGGUCACUGUCAAAACACCCAGGUUUCUGGCUACAGGUUUAACAUUAGGGAGAGGGAGCCAAGAUGUUUUUGUACAAUGGGGAUGGACUUUGGGGGACUGAAGACAAUUAUUUUGGAAGUAAGUUUUGGGACAUCCAGCACUUUAUUUCUGACAGACAAGAUAAUAAAUUAAAAAAAGCCUACUUCACUGUUUUUUAAUGGGACAUACAUUUGCAUAACAGUGGUACUGGAUUUUGUGUUAAUGUAUAUGUCUCAGUGGUAGCAUACAGAACAACAAGGGGCCAAGGAUGGAGCCUUCACUAAUGACUACUGAGAAAGUGCUGUUUGAUAAACAAGAUUAAAACCAGUGUAGAGCAGUGUGCCUGAUGCCAACCCCAUUUUUGAAGUGAUCCAGUAGAAUAGAGUGAUCAACUAUCGAAUGCAGAGC